GGGAAGGGGUGGUGCUAGUGGUACAAUGGGGGCUACUGUAGUCAUUCCGCUAAUCCUGGGCUUCCGUAAUGUCGUCAUCGCCGCGAAGCUUCUUUUCAUCCCACCAUACCCCACUAUAGCUGCAAAUCAAUACACCCCGCGGACCCUUCGGGCCGUCCCCAUCACCAGGAACAAUAUCUAGGUACGCUUUCGACAGAGGUCUAUGGCGCAGUUAUUAUCCCGCUUCUUCCGGACCUUUACCUCCUCUACCAGCAGAAUGGCCUCGACAACGGCGCCAGCACCAAUUCCCGAGGGCGCCGAGCGCGCAACUGUCGCUGCGGGCUGCUUCUGGGGCGUGGAGCACCUCUACCGCAAGCACUUUGGCGACAAGGGCCUGUACGACGCGCGCGUGGGCUACAUCGGCGGAGACACAGAGAGCCCGUCGUACAAGCUGGUGUGCAGUGGGAAUACGGGGCAUGCCGAAGCAACACAACUCAUCUACGACCCCGCCCGGCUCUCCUACAGGCAGCUCCUCGAGUUCUUCUACCGCAUGCAUGACCCGACAACGCUGAACCAGCAGGGGCCCGACCGGGGCACGCAGUACCGGAGCGGCAUCUUCUACCACUCGCCGGAGCAGGAGGCGGUCGCGCGCGAGGUCACCCAGAAGGCGAACGAGCAGUGGUGGGGCGGGAAGAUCGUGACCGAGAUCUUGCCCGCCGGCCAGUGGUGGGAUGCCGAGGAUUAUCACCAGUUGUAUCUGACCAAGAACCCGCACGGGUACGAGUGUCCGAGUCACUUUUUGAGAAACUUUCCAGAUUUGAAGUGAACCAGAGGCGUGGAUGGGGUCGGCCAUUGGGGAUUGGCGUUGGGCGGUAAUAAGCGUUGGACACUAUGCCGUGUGAUUG